CGUCAGUGUAUUCACCGCAAAGAACGGCUCAUAAACAAUCCUGCAUACCGCAGAUUAUCACGAGAAGCGGCACUUUUGCUGGGUUUUCUUCAAAAUAUACACUUCUACCAAUUUAAACAACAUCUCAAACAAUGGCAGGAUUCAACCCGGUGGAUAUGGUGGAGGAGGAUGCGGCAGAUCUUCAGUUUCCCAAAGAGUUUGAAAGCGCCGAAACCCUGCUGAUUAGCGAGGUGCACAUGCUGUUGGAGCAUCGCAAGAACCAAAACGAGUCGUCGGAAGAGGAGCAAGAGUUUUCCGAAGUAUUCCACAAAACGUACACCUACACGAACGAGUUUCGGAAAUUCCGCAACAAGGAAACGAUUGCCAGCGUCAGAAGUUUAUUGAUGCAGAAAAAACUUCAUAAGUUCGAGCUUGCAGCGUUGGGGAACCUUUGCCCGGCUUCGCCGGAAGAAGCAAAAGCACUGAUCCCUUCACUCGAGGGCCGCUUCGAAGACGACGAGCUGCAGCAAAUACUGGACGACAUCGGCACGAAGCGUAGUUUGCAAUACUAACGAGACAAAUCCUCAGUAUGGCACAUUGUAACUAAACGCAUCAGCGAGCCCCGUAACUGUAAGAUAUAUAAAAUGAACACAAGACACAUUCAAUAGCAAACGUGCUCCAUACUUA